AUACCAACUACAACAGCAACAGCAGGCACAACACCUCAGACCAAUACAGAAGCUAUGACUGUUGUUGGGAAGGUGAUUAUUUACAUUCGCCUGGUAUUCAUCACGUUGGGCCCCAUACCAAUUCAGAGUAAAGUUCUAGAGAUUGCAAACUCAAUGCUUGAGCCACAGCUCAGAACUAAAAGAGAUGUCACAACACAAAUCAUGAGUGAUCCUGUGAGCUUUUUGAAUGUUACCUAUGAACGAAUUUCUGAUAACUCGUAUGCCCUCAAAUUUGGAUUUGAGAUCAGCAAUGUAACAAUGACAGAAAAUCUUGAACUCAGAAAUGGCACCUACAAUUUUAUCCAGAACUCUAUAAAUUCAUUGCUGAACAAGAUUCUAAAUAGCAAUUCAACCAGUCCAUUUGUGUUCCAAAAAGCCAAUUUCAGCGGUAAUUCCACUGUGAUCAUUGCCAAUGUCUUGUAUACUUUCUCGGAAAAUGACAUCAAAACUCCAAGUGCCUUUGUCAAGGAACUUCUGGAAGUCACGCAGAGCUCAUCAACUCCAUCUCCAGUGAACAGAACAUCUCAAAAACCCGAGGAAACACCAACUUUUGUUGGGAAGGCGAUUAUUUACAUUCGAAUCAUAUUUAAAACAUUGGGCCCCAUACCAAGUGAGAGUAAAGUUCUAGAGGUGGCUAACUCGAUGCUGGCGGCACAUCUCAUAACAAAACAAAAUCUGAGAGCACAAACUCUGGGUGAUCCUGUGAGCUUUGAGACUGUAACUUAUAAGAAAAUUUCUGAUAGGUCAUAUUCCCUCAAUUUUGGAUUUGAAAUCAAUGAUGUUUCCAUGUCUGAGAAACUUGAACUCAGGAAUAGCACACGUGCUUUAAUUGAGAAGUCUAUAAAUUCAUUGCUGAACGAGAUCCUUCGUUCUACUCCAGCCACUCCAUUUGUGUUCAAUAUGACCAAAUUCCAGGUUAAUUCCACUGUGAUCGUGGCAGAUGUCGAGUAUGUUUUCUCAGAAAGCGACAUCAAUAAACCUAGCCGCUUUGUUACUGCACUCAUCAAAGUUAACAAUGAUUUUUUCCAACCAACUACAGAAACAUCUCCUCAGACCACUACGGAAGCUAUGACUGUUAUUGGGAAGGCGAUUAUUUACAUUCGCAUCAUAUUUAAAACAUUGGGCCCCAUACCAAGUGAGAGUAAAGUUCUACAGUUGGCUAACUCGAUGCUGGCGGCACGUAUCAGAACAAAACAAAAUCUGAGAGCACAAAAUCUGAGAGAACAAACUCUGGGUGAUCCUGUGAGCUUUGUGAAUGUAACUUAUAAGAAAAUUUCUGAUAGGUCAUAUUCCCUCAAUUUUGGAUUUGAAAUCAAUGAUGUUUCCAUGUCUGAGAAACAUGAACUCAGGAAUGGCACACGUGCUUUAAUUGAGAAGUCUAUAAAUUCAUUGCUGAACGAGAUCCUUAGUUCUACUCCAGCCACUCCAUUUGUGUUCAAUGGGGCCAAAUUCCAGGGUAAUUCCACUGUGAUCGUGGCAGAUGUAGAGUAUGUUUUCUCAGAAAGCGACAUCAAGACACCCAGCCCCUUUAUUUCUGCACUCACCGCAGUUAACAAUGAUUUUUUCCAACCAACUACAGAAACAUCUCCUCAGACCACUACGGAAGCUAUGACUGUUAUUGGGAAGGCGAUUAUUUACAUUCGCAUCAUAUUUAAAACAUUGGGCCCCAUACCAAGUGAGAGUAAAGUUCUACAGUUGGCUAACUCGAUGCUGGCGGCACGUCUCAGAACAAAACGAAAUCUGAGAGCACAAAAUCUGAGAGAACAAACUCUGGGUGAUCCUGUGAGCUUUGUGAAUGUAACUUAUAAGAAAAUUUCUGAUAGGUCAUAUUCCCUCAAUUUUGGAUUUGAAAUCAAUGAUGUUUCCAUGUCUGAGAAACAUGAACUCAGGAAUGGCACACGUGCUUUAAUUGAGAAGUCUAUAAAUUCAUUGCUGAACGAGAUCCUUAGUUCUCCUUCAGCCACUCCAUUUGUGUUCAAUGGGGCCAAAUUCCAGGGUAAUUCCACUGUGAUCGUGGCAGAUGUAGAGUAUGUUUUCUCAGAAAGCGACAUCAAGACACCCAGCCCCUUUAUUUCUGCACUCACCGCAGUUAACAACGAGCCUAUUAUACCUGUCACACUUUACCCCAUCGUGGACACUACAGUCUCAAACAACAGCACUAAUGCAGCAUGGGUUGUGGCUAUCAUAGUCCCCUGUGCUAUUGCCAUUAUCCUCAUACCUUGUUGGAUUCUUCUUUGUUGUCUGCUCUGUGGUUGCUGUGCAGCAGUGAGAAAACGUUGGCACAGAAGGCAGUCAUACAACAUACAGUACACCACACGCAACAGUAUCUUCUAGAGCAUUAGAGAGACAUUGAGCGAAGAAUUAAUUAGGAUAUGCCACAUCUCAACAAUUGCAAAACAUAAAAGAUAAUGGAAGCUUUGAAGAUAAAUAAUGAUAUACAUAGAGCAUAUAUAUCUGGGGUUUUUGUUUCUUAUCUUUCUCUUCUAUGAUGAUCUUAUAAUAAUGCCAAAUUUGAUAGUAAUUUCUUAGUGAUUGUUUAAGGCUGAUAUUUAAAUUUCCAUAAUGAAUAUGCUGUUGUAGAGCUUAUAUAUUACACUAUUUAUUUUCUUUUGCCUGUAUUGCUGGACAGACAGGAGCUCCACAAAAGUGUGAUGAAUGUGAUGUAUUAUGUAAUGAAAGAAAAUUAUUUAUUUAAUGAUUCUAUAAGGUUUACAAUGUUUAAAUUAAUCAUCUUCUUAAAAUAAUUAAUUUAUUUGAUAUUACACAUUUCAUUUUAAGAGGACUAUUUAGAUGGAAUAUAUUAAACAUUUAUUUAUUCAAACUUUUCUCUAAGAUAAGUUAUUUUG